AUGGAUUCAGAAUAUAAUAGUGAGGACCUUAUAGAGAGUCUAGAAGAGUUUUUUACAAGGAACAUGAAGGGAAACGAUGAAUAUAGAGUAAUAGUGAUCACAUCAGGAGGAACUUCAGUAAAUUUGGACAAAUAUGGGAUCAGAUACAUAGAUAACUUCUCAUCAGGUAGAAGAGGAUCGGAAAUCGCAGAAUUUUUCCUGUCAAAAGGGUACCUGGUAGUCUUUUUAUCGAGGAAAACGGCCCAUUUGCCCUUUAUAAGAUUCACAAAUGAUCGUGAUCAUCCAUACAGGCUACUGGAAAGCCUAAGAGUUGAGAAUAAUUCAUCAAUAAUAGUUGAAGGUGAAAGUGAAUUUAAAGAGUUAAUUUUAAGAAGCAUAGAAGGAUAUAACAAGUACAAGUCGAGACUGUUUUUGGAUUAUUUUACAACACUGCCAGAAUAUCAAGAUAAAUUAACUGUGAUAGUUCACUUUUGUAAAAGAUUUAGGGAGAAUGUAGCAUAUUGUUUAGUUGCGGCUGCAUCAGACUUUAAGUUUUCAGACGAUUCACUGAUGAAAGAAAAAUUCUCAUCAAGCAACACAGUCAGCCUUAAGCUGGAUCCUCUGCCAAAAAUGAGGUAG